CGCGUGUUGCGUAUUUUUCGGCAGCAACAAGAGAAACAUCAUCAUCAGAGAAAGCCAUGAUGGUGAGCAACAUGUGACCCACUUUUGCCCACGUUCAUUUGUUGUCGCCUAGCUUACAAUAACUCUUGGUGUGACCUUUUUUGAAUUCGGUGGCCUGUCACGGACUCUAUUUGCUCAUCCAGUGUGUCUCGGGGUUGAGAAAAAACGCCCUGUUUGACGAGCAUGCCAAAUCUCCAUUGCAGCCCUUGGCUUCAAAGAACCGGGACUCCGCGCGAUCCUUGGUGUAAUUAAAGUCAUUCCGAGACUUUAACGAGAUUUAUAAUUUGAUGUUGACACUUAUCUUAAACUUUCAAUCCAUUUAGGAGAAAUCAUUUUGAUGUGUUUUUUUGGUGGUGUAAAGGGUUUAAAGCAUUAAAAGAAAUGGUUUUGUUCUAACCCCGGACACGGAUACACAGGCUUUGAACAGAUAAAUUUACCUUUUAAGUACCGCAUACAAGAACAAACGAAUUACUUUAGAUACCGUAGGAUGUAAGAGAAAUGUUUUCAUUGGAUAGAAGAUCUCCUUUUAGCCAAUUAAUAGGUAUGGACGAUGUCAUAAAACAAGUAUAAAAAGGGCUCCCGGAAGUCAGUGUUCUGUUUGUAAAAGAAGAUUUUAAUCGGAUCAAGUUUUCUGACUAUGUUUUAGCGGGAUUUAUUUCUUUUGAGAGCCCUCCGUUUUAUCCGACUUCUUGGCUGUGUCUGGGAACUGAUAUCACGAGGACCUCAUGGACUCCGUCCAGGGAUCACAGCGUCCUUCAACUUUUUUACUACGUGCUUCAUUCUGAUUAAUUACUGGACAAAACCUUUCAAGUGAUCUCUUAAAAUUCCGAAAAGAUAUAGUUACCAAGAGAACAUAAUCUUAAAGCACGUAAAUAUCACGGCCAAGUGUCUCGAUAAAAAAUGUCCGAAGCCGAAGCUGUCACACGGGAUUUCUUCGGAGGGCUUAUAAACGGAAGUAUUGAUUGGAGAUAACGACCCUGAAGAAAGCCAAUGGAAAGUCCUCGUGCACUCACCCGUAAUGCCAUCCACUUCUUGCAAGAAACAGAACGGGAUAAGUGCUAGAUCUAAAUCUUGUGAAGUUCUUAGACAUUCACUAGACAUCGGGUUCAUUUCUCAAGCAGCAUUGCUGCCGUAUACGCAAUCAUCCAGUGGAGGCGACGGAACCGUAGCAUGUUCUGGAGAUUCGAAAGAUAUUGUUUUCUUUACAAAUUAAAUCCUGUACUAAUAUACGCAUUAUCGACAGAAAAGAAGAAAGAGGAAUGAAAGAAAGUGUUUGCGUGUUGAAGGAUUUGAUUGGCUUGACUUUAAAUCAUUGUCCACUAGAAGAAAUCUAUGUCAACUGCAAGUGUAACUGACCAAUGAGUGACGAUUCUAAGUCUUUUAAAUUGACUAAUACCUUCAGACCUUAGGAGGAUUAUUCCACAAAGAAUCGCAGAAUCUCUAAAUUAUUAAAGUGCAGCUUGAGUAAUUUAUUUGAAUGAAGUGGGACCCAAUUAUUCCAAAUGUAUGAUAUACGAGAGAGGGUAUGUAAUAAAUGCAAAGAGGGUCAUAUAUGAAUCUUUUAAACGACAUUAAGUUGAUGUAAUCGCCAUUUAAGACAGCGCGGGACUAGCUUUAGAAUGGAGAUAUUUAUUUCUGUGGUGACUCUAUAUAGGGUUUUGUGAGAUGGCGUACAGUUAGGUUGAUAUGGGGUCCAUGUACAUGUGUGGAGAAUUGCUUUCGAACGCUCUCACGACCACUGCGUACCGGGAUUUCUGGACGUUCGGUGACCAAGACCCAGGGUCCGGGGACAAACCGCCACGGCCCAGUCGAGGAGAUGGUGUGAGAACCCACCGCGAGAAAGUGCUCCAAGACAGUGUCAUCGUCUGCUGUUCCACUGAGAACUGUGGACCGGAAGGCGGGUAUUUCACGGAAACUCCGGACUCGGAUGACAGCAUGGUCGGGCACACUGCUUUUUCUCGCCUAGAUCCGGCUACUCUGAAGUACAUCGGAUGGGCCCCAAGUGAUCUAGAAUCCCAGGACCACCCCGGCGACAUCCCGGAAGCCGUCAAAAACGAUCAAAACUAUGAGAAUUUAUGCAGGCUAUCUAAGGUGGAGUUUAAGAAGCUCACAGACCAGGUGAGGGAUGUCAACAUGAACCUACGGAACAAGUUUAGGACCUCGGCCUACCAGAUGUUUGAACUGCCUUACACAGUGACAAAAGCGAAGCUCUACCAGCAGCCGUCUGCUGUAGAAAAUGGCUCCCAGAUCUACAGGUCCCAACUAGCAGCCAGUCUGAAGGCGUUUAAGCCCAAGGACUGGGCCCCGCUGGACUACCGCGAGAAGGAGACCUCAUUCCUUAGGUGUCGACCAAUCCAGCAACCAGUGAUACCGGAAAGGCCACGAAACUUGACAAAGUUAAAGAUUUCUCGUUCGCGUUCAUUCCUCCCUUCGGUCAGAGCGCCUACACCUCCGCCCUCCAGAUGCCAAUCACAGCGACUGCGCAGGCCUCGCUCGGUUCCCGCUAACGCCCGCCGUUCCGACACUCCCUGUGACGUCAGACCGGGUCCGUUCGAUUCUUUAAACCCUCGCGUGUUAUCCUCUUUGAUUGGUGAUUCCUACAAACCACACACAUUCGGAGAUCGCAUUCCCGGUACGGACACCGAAAAAGACGACGACGAGGACGAAAAUGUAAAGUCUGAGAAACGUAAAAAAGUCAAAGAAAAGGAUGACGAUAACAGUACAAGUGGAAUCGAAAGUAGUCAAACAGAGGAUGAAAGUAGCGGAAGUAGUUCUGACGACGAAGACAGUGAUUACGAGCCGGAAGUCGAUAAAAACCGGGAAGUUCCGGAUCUAAUACUCAGACCCGAAAAACUGGAUUCGUUUGUUGUACCAGAUUCAUCCAAAGGAUGGCGGAAGUACGACUUCGAUGCGGAUCACGUGGACAUUCCACCCUAUGAGUUCGCCGAUCCCAUUCCAGAACCAUUUAGUGACCUAGAUCUACGGCAAAUGGCAAGGUUAAAAUGGAAUUGGAGGGAUCACACGCGAGCGAAAGCAAAAGAAAAUGUAGACUUAAUUUUGGACCGUUUAGUAGAACUAGAACGCCUUCAGUUGGACACUGAAGAGUGGGAAAAUAAAAGAUAUGCUCAAGUUAGCCGUAAGUCAAAGCGAGCAGUAAGUGCCAAGCCUGUAAUACGCGACCGCAGGUGUUGUAGCCGGUGUCUACAGCCCGCCUGCGCCGGGGACUGUCCCGAGAAAAAUGUGCAAUUCAGUGUAUGUGAAUACUGUAGACAAACAUUUUGUGUUGGGUCUCAGUGUAAAGAGACCAAAUAUGAACAACGCAUGCGUCAGCCUCGUGUUGAUGACGAGAGACCUCAGCAAAUGAAAGUCCUACCACGCGCGUGUAAAUCUUGUCAGAUAAAACAUAAUGCUAAACUAAUCAACGCAAAUAACUUGUUAUUAGGUCGACCCAAGUCCGGAAACGCAACCUACAGUCGCGGUCAGUCGUCCAGUAAACCCAGGGAUCUCCGGCCAAGACCGGAUACACCGGUUAGUCCGGAUAUUGUGAAGGACUUCGAAAAACUGGGCCUACAGGCGCACCAGCCGCCAAAGUCAGCGACACCUACACAAAGGAUGCAGCGACCGCGCAGUCGCAAUGGAAUGAUUCCCGGGAAAACAUUUUACUCGCAAAGACGAGACUCUAUAUCAGAGAAUGAGAAGGAGACGUUAACAAAUUUGAAACGGAAGAAAAUGAGAAGCAUACGAGUACGGAGACCAAAAACGGCCGUGUGAUCUACUCCAUUAUACUAUAAUAGAUACUUAUUUGAAACAAGGAAACACGAGUACUAGAAAUGAAUGUGAAACUUUUUCUAGCGUUCUAAUAUUAAUUUAUUGUUAUUGUAUGUAGUGCUUGAGUAAUUUAUGAAAUGAAUGUGUAAACAUAUGACAGUUUAUUUUUGCUUUAUACGCAAUACACAAAGUUUAGAAAUUC